AUGGGCUCCCGACUAGAAAAGAAUUCAAACGAUGUGCGCAAGCGCAUCCAGAGCCACGCCUUUAGCGAUGAGCAAGGCGAGGAAUACGAGGCCUCAAAGUUCGGUGGCUUCGCCGAUUAUAUGCGCAGGAAGAAGCUCAAGCUACAGAAUCUCGACGCUGAGACACGUGCGAACUCGAGCCAGAAGCCACAAAUUUUCCGCGGAAUCGUUGCCCAUGUGAAUGGUUACACACAGCCUUCCCUGAAUGACCUACAUACGCUCAUAGUAAGCCACGGCGGAGGGUUCCUGCAAUACCUCGAUGGCAAGACCACGGUCACGCACGUUAUCGCGAGUCACUUGACGCCAAAGAAGAAGGUGGAAUUCGCCAGAUAUCGGAUCGUAAAACCAGCCUGGAUCGUGGACAGCGUCGCCGCAGGAAAUCUGCUGCCCUGGAACGAGUACCGAGUCGUGGACGAAGGAGUCACCCAGAAGGUAUUGGGAUUCGACAAGGGCACUAUCGUCAGUCAGCCGAAUAGCCAGCGCCAUGGCUACCGAGACCAGACCGAGAGCAGCUGGUAUACCUCACAACUCAAGAAGGCGUCCACGGAGCAGAGUCCUGGGAACGAGAGCGUCCUUCCGCCAGGUGCACAAGUAUCGCCGACUUCUCGACAGGGGCCUGAGGAACUUUCUGGCCCGCCACACUUUGAUGGUGCAACCGAGUCUAUUUCAGAAUCAGAGCUUGUUGAUGAACAGGAUGGUUUACUAAAAGAUCUCGACCGUGAAGAAACGCUUGAAGAAGCUGUGGAUGAUGAUGGGGAGAUGAUGAGACCACCUCCUACGCCAGCUGUUCCUCCGCCUGAAGGCUCUCUACCAACCGACAGUCGUGGUGGGAUUCAUACGCCUAGCGACAGUAGCCCGCAAAAGCGACAGCUCACGGCCGAAGAGCAUAAUGCCGUCCUUUUGUCCAAUCCACAUAUGGCAAAAUCGAGUACAGCAAAUCCGGACUUUAUCAACCAGUACUACCGCGAGUCUAGGCUGCAUCACCUUUCGACAUGGAAAGCCGAGCUCAAGGCGCAGUUGCAAGCUCGAGCACUAGAGAAGUCCUCCUCUCAAAGGGAUCGUCACAAGACAGCUCCUGGCACACGACGAUAUGUCCUGCACGUGGAUUUUGAUAGCUUUUUCGCAGCCGUCAGCCUGCGCAAGAACCCGCAUCUUGUUGACAAGCCGGUCGUCAUUGCCCACGGUAGUGGUCCCGGGUCUGAGAUUGCCAGCUGCAACUAUCCUGCUCGCAAGUUCGGUGUCAAGAAUGGCAUGUGGAUGAAGACCGCCAUACAACUCUGCUCGGAACUGAACGUUUUGCCGUACGAUUUCAAGGCUUACGAAGAAGCAAGCAGGCACUUCUAUGACUCAAUCCUAGCGGUCGAUGGGAUCGUGCAGAGCAUCAGUAUUGACGAAGCGCUUAUCGACAUUUCGAGUCAAUGCAUUAAAGCAGGCGGGUCUGACGGACGGGCCAUUACAGAAGGCUCAAUCUACCGCGAACAAGAAAAGGCACAGAUGUUAGCCACUGAGAUUCGCAACGCCGUUAGAGCAAGGACUGGGUGCGAAGUAUCGGUAGGUAUGGGAAACAAUAUCUUGCUUGCCAAAGUGGCUCUUCGCAAGGCCAAGCCUGCUGGACAGUAUUUAAUUAAGCCGGACGAGAUCCUUGACUUCCUCGGGCCUCUGGUUGUGACUGAUCUUCCCGGUGUGGCCUGGAGCAUUGGCAACAAGUUAGAGGAGAUUGGUGUCAAAUUGGUCAGCGACAUCAGAGGGCUCACCAAAGAGCGUUUGAUCUCCACUCUUGGUCCAAAGACAGGCGAGAAAAUCUGGGACUAUUCACGCGGUAUCGACAAGCAAGAGGUGGGUGAGCAAGUACUUCGAAAAUCUGUCUCUGCAGAGAUCAACUGGGGCAUCAGAUUCAUCAACCAGAAGCAAGCGGAAGACUUUGUGCAAUGUCUCUGUGAUGAGCUCUCUAAACGUCUUCUCGAGAACCUUGUCAAAGGCAAGCAGCUGACAAUGAAGAUCAUGCGAAAGGCGGCCGAUGCAGGCAUGGAUCCGCCGAAGAAUCUUGGUCAUGGAAAAUGCGACACCUUCAACAAGAGCAUCGUCCUCGGCGUAGCAACUACUGAUAAAGCAAUCAUUGGCAAGGAGGCUCUCUCGAUCUUACGGAGCUACGGCUUUUCGCCUGGAGAGUUACGGGGGUUGGGUGUACAGAUGCAGAAACUGGAACCGUUGAAGCCUAUGGGGACCGGAAAUGCACCACUCGAUAGCAGCCAGAGGCGCUUACAGUUCAAGAAGCCCACCACAACAUCCCCGGCGCCCCAAGCGCCUUUGCUAGCGGGCCAUGGCAAGUCACCGGCAACGAUGAUCCGGCCCACACUCACGGACAGUGUCGACACGAUUGAGGAGAUUCCGACGCCGAAGAAGGACCGGACCGUGCGUACGAUUGAAGGGGCUUUUCAAACCAAAACGGUUGCGGGCGAAACGGAAGGAGGCAAUCGUCCUCUCAACCUUGGUGGAACGCAAUUCAUCAUGCCCAGCCAGGUUGAUCCUGCGGUACUGGCUGAGCUCCCUGCUGAUAUUCGCUCGAAGUUUGCGCCGAAGCAGAAACGCAUCAUGGACACCAUCUCUCGGUCGGUGUCAUCAGCAGUAGAAACCAAAUCACGCUCUGGAUCGCCGCAGGUCAGCGAUGCCGAUUUUGCUCUACCGAAUCAAAGUCAAAUAGAUCCGGCCGUUUGGGCCGAGCUGCCAGAAGACGUCAAAAGAGAUGUCAUGAUGCAGUAUGGCAACACUGGGCAAUCCUCACGAAAAUUGCCGCUGUCACCGAGGAAGGACAAGCCGGCCAUAUCAUCGAACAAACUUCGCGUAACGCCAACGAAGAAGCAGAAAUUUCUUGCCAGCAAUAAGGGGCGCUCCAAAGCUGGAUCGUCGACUUCAACGUUGACACAGGCUAACUUUGUAUCAAUGGCAAGAUCGAACGGGUUGUCAAGAUCGGACCCGUCAAUUGCGGAUAAUGAGAUGGACGAGGCUUUUCUGGCGGCACUGCCAAAAGAGCUCCGUGAGGAGCUUCUCGGCCAACAAAGGCGAGAGCGGCUGAAGAUGAAGUCAGGACUUAGCAUCGGGACACUCAAGCGAAAGUCGAAACCUGCAGAUCCUACGGUAGCUUUCAAAGGACAGCAGACCCUACCACUACCAUCUCAACCGCCCAAGCCCACUUUCACUUCGCGCAAGCUCAGCACUUUACCAGAGAUGAGGGACGCUAUGACGGCGUGGGUGCGAGAGUUUUCCGAAGAAGGAGAGGAAGGACCUUAUGAUGAGGACGUCGCGGCGCUGGGCGUGUUCCUCAGUAGAGUAGUUGGCGAUGAGCACGAUAUGGAGAAGGCGGUAUCGAUCCUGAAGUGGCUGGGCCAUGUCGUUGAGAUGCAGGACUUUCCUGCUGUGAGUGAGAUUGGCAAUGCGUGGCUUGAAGCCUUGAUGAAGCUGCAAGGCAGUGUCCAAGACGCUGUCCAGCAGCGCGGCUUGCCUCCUGUCGACUUCUGA